AAUUUUUUAUCAACUCAUCACCACAGGAUCAAACCAAGGUUAGCAAACCCAUCAUUCAAGCCUCAGAAACAUCACAUUCUUGCAGCUGUUGAUAACUUUGUAGACCUACUAAAGAUCAGAUAUUCUUCUCCACUCUUUCGUUUGAGAACUGCAAAUGCCAUUCAAGAAAGGCUCCACUUUCAUAAUACAGGGCCCCCCUGGGUCCAAGGAAUUAUUGUUAUGAGCAUCGAAGAUGGUGACGCUGAAAAACCUGGCAUGGCUCAAAUUGACCCCUUCUACUCUCUUGUGGUUGUAUUGUUCAAUGUUUGUCCUGCCCAAGUUUCACUAGAAAUUCCUGCAUUGAAGUCAAGAACACUGCAACUGCAUCCUGUGCAGUUAAACUCGGUGGAUGAUGUUGUGAAGCAAUCAGCAUAUGAUGCCUCGUCAUGCAGUUUCAUUAUUCCUCAGAGGACAACGUCCUUGUUCGUUGAACUGCGCAAUACAUGGAUUAAUCUACUUUUCUCUCUCUCUCUGCUCCUUUUUUUUUUCAAUUCCAAAAUAAUAAUGUGCUGAGGAAAUCGUUUCAAGUGGGGUUUUCCAAGUUCCAAAGUAAAAUGAUCAUAAUUUUUUACUUUUUUUUUUAUCAACGCUCAGAAUGCAGCCUCAAAAAUUCAUAGAAAUAUUAA